AUGGCGGGGCCGAAGCCGCUGUGUGAUGGUCCGACGGCAGGUGGCGACUUUGGCGACGACACGGGUCUUCCUGCGCGUACACAGUGCAGGAGUUCUGCGCAUGCACAAACACGGGCACCUGACGCGCGCGCUGUUCCGAGCAAGUCGGAUGCCGCUCGACACUCUCUCCCUUCUCUCGGCAACUCUACCUCUGUGGACGACUGCGCGGCAGACGCUUCGGCGUCGGACUCAGCAGCAACCGAUAGGACUCCACGGAGCUCCCUAGACGGUACAGACCCCGCAACAGCUGAUGACGAGCCGCGGAAGUUGCUCCAGGCGCUGACUUCGUCGGUUUCGUGUCUCAUUGUUACAGAUGUGCAGCGGGACUUCUGCGAGGGCGGAGCCCUAGGAGGCGAAGGACGCGUCGGCAUGGUUCACAACAUCAACCGACUGCGAUGUUGGAGAAGCGCCGGGACGGGCCACCGCUUUUCCGGUGUUCCAUUUGAACAACUCCCGACGAGCUUGGAAGCUGCAGACGUUGCCGACGAGUUGUUUGACUACGUCGUCGUGAGCCGAGACUGGCAUCCGCCCAAUCACCUGUCUUUCGCGAGAAACCACGGCAGCAACUGCAAUCGCGAAGCGUGUGUUUGUGGGGACGAACAAGAGGAAUCUGGAGACCCCGAGCCUGGAAAUGCGGCAAGCGACGCGGUGCGGAGCACAGGAAAGCACGACGGGUACGGAAAAACCGCGGGGACUCAAACGCGGCCUGCAAACGAGCAGGCGCCUAAGAUGGCGCGUAAACAGGAAAGCGUGAAUGGCCGCGUUUUGGAGUCUGAGGCGAACGGGAGUGGAAACUCUCCAGUCGAGGGGCCCGCGACAGUGUCGGGGAGCGUGUCUGAUGAUGGAAGAGCAACAAAGAAGUCACGACUCGAGCAGCAGCCCUUGGGCCCUAAUCAAGUCCGACGUCGAAGAACCGGCGUCGUGCUGGAUCUAUGGCCUGUACAUUGUGUACAAAACAUGCCGGGCGCAGAGCUUCAUCCAGACCUGCUCCCACGAGCGAGCGACGUUACGGUGUACAAAGCAACCGAUCGUGAGUUUGACAGCUACUCAUGUUUCGGACACGACCAGCACAAGACCCCACUGGAGUCCCUGCUCCGAGAGUGGAAAGUCGAGACGGUGUGUGUUGUGGGGCUGUGCAUCGACUACUGCGUCAAGGCGACUGCACUCGCUGCAGUACAAGUCCCAGGUGUACAGACAGUAUCCGUCCUGCUAGAUUGUUCCAAGGCAGUCGACGAAGAAGCGAUACCAGACGUUCGGAGAGAACUACGCGGCAAAGGCAUCAUCGUUUGUGCUGCCAAAGAGAUGCUUCAGUGA